GCCCCUCUCCCCGCGGCCGUCCGCUCGCUCCAGGCGCGGCGGAGCCGGGAGGCGCCGGGUGGGGGGGAGGCCGCGGCGGCGGGGGCGGGCCGCGCCGCGCCCCGCCCGGUGAGCUGGCGGCCCCCUCGGCGCUGGGGCGGCCCGGGAGUGCUGCCGUGGCGCCGGUCUGUGCCUGCUCGUCCGCCCUGAGCCGGUCCCGGGCUGCGGGGACGCGUAAACGGGCUGCGCGUUUGUGGAAAAGCCUUGGUUUCCAAAAUGAAUAAAGAUGCCCAGAUGAGAGCAACCAUUAACCAAAAGCUGAUAGAAACAGGAGAGCGAGAACGCCUUAAAGAAUUGCUGAGAGCCAAAUUAAUUGAAUGCGGCUGGAAGGAUCAGUUGAAGGCACAUUGCAAAGAUGUCAUUAAAGAAAAAGGAUUAGAGCAUGUUACUGUUGAUGAUUUGGUGGCAGAAAUCACUCCCAAAGGCAGAGCCUUGGUACCAGACAGCGUAAAGAAAGAGCUCUUGCAAAGAAUAAGAACCUUCCUAGCCCAGCAUGCCAGUCUUUAACUUUGACAUUCGUCUGGGAUACAGUGUUUCUGUAUUAUGUCAAUCAUGUCAGGAUUUGAAUGCAGUUUACAUUAAGGAUGGAAAAUCAUUAUUUUUUUUUUGUAUGAUGAAUUGAAGUUUCUUUGCACUGCAUCAAUUUCUUAAACUUGGUGUUAUUUUAAUAAAAAAAUUUGUGGA